AUGAUGUCUCCACGCUCCUUAUCCAUUUUAGUCUCGGCAGUCUUGGGACUGGUCUUGGCAAUCCCUUCUAACACUUGUAUUGUGACGGGUAAUCUGGACAUCAUCAGAAAGAAAGGGAAGUUGAGUCCCUCCGAUGUGAUCUUUCUGGGGAAGGGAAUUGUGAAUAUUCUCCUCCAGUGUGUGCUGAGUCUACAGGCAAUUCUCUUUACCUUGUCACCUGUGAUCUUAUACAUUAGACAGGUAUUUGUAUUUAUGAACCCAUCAGUUAACUUCCUAACAUAUUACAACUUCUGGUUGACCUUCUGGCUCUCGGCUCAUUACUGUACCAGCAUCACCAAUCUCAGCUAUGGGUUCUUCAUCUGGAUAAAGAGAAUUGUGUCCAAUUUCCUGAGUCACCUUCUAUUCCUGACAGCACUUGGGAUGCUCAUUGUGAGUGUCUCGGGCUUCUGGAUUGUCUAUGCAGAAAGUAUGCCCUCUUCUGAGAACAUCACAGAAGCCUCUGUUAUCAGGUUCCAUGAUUUUGUUUCCUAUCUUGUGGCUGCAAACGCCCUAGGCUGCAUUCUUCCAUUCUGCCUUAGUCUUCUGUGUCUGGUCCUCACUUUCUCCUUUCUGCUCAGACAUGUCUGGAGGGUGAAGAAUAACGACUCGGGAUCAACACGUCCAAAUCUUCAGGCUCAUGUCACGGCACUGAGGACAACCCUCUUCUUACUUCUCAUGUUCAUUUUCUUCUGCAUGCCUCAGGUGCUUCUGUUUUUUCCAAAUUCCCCACUAAUAAUAGUCGGUUUUAAUUUACGAUUAUUCUCUCCAUCGGUGGAGUCCGCCAUCAUCUUCCAGGCCAGCAACAAGCUGAGAAGGAUCAUUCUGAGAAGAUUCUGGACCAGAAGAAGGAGGAACACAGAGACUUAA